GAAGGAACGUAGUUAGUUGCGCUUUUCCACUUACUGCCCUGACCUCCCAGUGGACCCCAGUGCUGUUUUACACAGGGACAGGAUUAAUUAAUAUCAUAUUGUGUAAACAAUUAUUGCAUAGAAACCUUAUUGAGCGAAUAAUUGGCCCCCAUAGCAACAAAAUCACUUUUUUUUUUGUUUUUGUUGUUGUUUCUUUUACACUUUUUGAGUUGAACAAUUUUGCAGGGGAAUCAACUCCAAACCCCAAGAAUUCCAAUUUCAAGGCUUCCCCCCUUGAUUUUAUUUCCUUUUUUGUUUGUAUAAAUACCAUGGAAAUAAUGGAGAGUGGGGAUCCAGUGAUCCAGUGGGACCGCAAGCUGAGCGAGCUGUCUGAGGCUGCCGAGAGCGAUUCCUUGUACAACAACACGCCCUUCUCGGAGCUUAUCGAUGACUCCGCCCUGCUGGAUGUUCUGGGGCAGCUCAUGGGGGACCCGUUCCUGACAGAGAAGUACGAGAUGAUGGAAGUCGAGAUGAAUCCGAGCUCCCCAUCUCCCAUGAUCAAAGCGGAGCACAGUUACUCUCUGUGCGGCGACUCUCGCCCCCAGUCCCCCUUUACUCACGCUUCCUCCGAUGACAACUUUAGUGACGCCGACCUGACUGGUGAUGAUUGGUGCCUGAAUGGGGAGCUCACCGCCACAAGCCCCGCCUCCAAAAUUAAGGUGGAAAUUCCUCUCGAUGAGACCCCUGGCCUGGUCCCGUCUGUGUCUCUGGCAGCCAACGCCGUCUCCGCUUCCCCAGAGGCUGACAAUCCAUCCGAGAUGCCGGUUCCUGAGCAGGGUAAGAUUCUGAGCCCCGUUUCCCUGCCGCAAAUUAAACUGGAGCCGCACGAGGUGGACCAAUUCCUUAAUCUGUGCCCAAAGGAAGCUGCCACCACAGAAGCCCUACAGAUGCCCCCCACCCCCCCUAGCAGCCAUGGAAGUGAUUCAGAAGGGGGUCAGAGUCCCACUAGGUCUCUCCCACCCCCCAGCCCGGUCCAGUCACAGGCUGGUGGCAAAAUGCCUGCUCGCAGCCCCUCUGCUCUCUCCAACUCGCCCCUGCUGACUGCCCCCCCCAAAACGAAGUUGGCAAAUCAGUGUCUGUUCUGAAGUCUCCUCCCCUGACGCGAGUCAAACGAAAACGGGACAUGCUUCUCUCUCCCUCCAGAUAGCGAGGGGUUAAACAACACCCCCCCUCCCCCUUCUCUUAUUGUGACUUUUAGCUUCUCUAUUUUUGGUAUUGUAUUUUUUAUAAAAUGUAAACUGAAAAAAAAAAAUCCAAUAAAAAAAAUAGCUGCAUUCUGA